GAGAGAGAGUAAUGAAUGCUUCUCUCUUCUCCCACAACAGACUGUGUUCAUUGCCUCGUGGGGUCUCUCUCUCUCUCUCUGUGAAGACGAAGACAGCUGUUUCUGAGUUUACUUCUUUGUUUGUGUCUAUCUUCUCCACCAAAUUUUGUGUGUCGAAAUUGCAGAGAAACAACGACUUUAUCUUCUCUUUUUCUCUACCAAGAUUGUAAUUUUCUCGGACUUUCAGUAGUGUGAAAAAGACAAGAGAAUCUCAAAACAAAGUCCACAGUUGUCCAAAUUCCAAAGCUUUGAAAGAGACCAUGAACACUCCAUAACCUCUCUUUCUCUCUCUCUGUCUUUUGGGCUCUAGGAAGGGAGAAAAUGACGCAAAGGGCUCUAGGUUUCAUCGUGGUUCUUGAGUUCAUGUUUCUGCUAUCUCUAUGUUCAUCAGAGGAGCUCUUACCUGAGAUAUCACCAGAUACUUCUCCUCAACCAUUUCUUCCUUUCAUUGCACCUUCCCCAAUGGUUCCAUACAUCAACACCACCAUUCCCAAACUAUCUGGACUCUGCUCGCUUAAUUUCACUGCUUCUGAGGGUUUGAUUCAGACAACUUCACACAACUGUUGGACUGUCUUUGCUCCUCUAUUAGCCAAUGUCAUGUGUUGUCCUCAGCUGGCUGCUACUCUCACCAUCAUCCUCGGGAAAGCUAGCAAAGAAACUGGUCUGCUUGCCCUUAACAGAACUCAGUCUAAGCACUGUCUUUUGGAUUUAGAGCAUAUCUUGGUAGGUAAAGGCGCUUCUAGUCAGCUUAGGAGUAUAUGUUCACUUUACUCGUCGAAUCUCACUGCUUCCUCUUGCCCUGUGAUCAAUGUUGAUGAGUUUGAAAGUGCUGUUGAUACAUCAAAGCUUCUUUUGGCUUGUGAAAAAGUCGAGCCUGUGAAGGAGUGUUGUGAACAGGUUUGCCAAAACGCGAUACUGGAUGCAGCUACUAAUAUAACUCUUAAAGCAUCAGAGGCUUUGACUGAUAACUCGGAUAGGAUCAAUGCUUGCAAGAACAUAGUGCACCGCUGGUUAGCUACUAAGCUUGAACCUUCUAAAGCUAAAGAAACUCUCAGAGGAUUAGCAAACUGCAAGAUCAAUAGAGUUUGCCCUCUUGUCUUUCCGGACAUGAGACACAUCAGUGGCAACUGCAGCAAAGAGGUUAGUAACCAAACGGGUUGUUGCCUUGCAAUGGAGAGUUACGUGUCUCAUUUGCAAAAGCAAACACUUAUAACUAAUGUGCAAGCUUUGGAUUGCGCGACCUCCCUCGGGACAAAGCUACAGAAGCUAAACAUCACUAAGAAUGUCUUCAGCGUUUGUCAUAUAAGUCUCAAAGACUUCUCUCUUCAAGUUGGAAGCCAAGAAUCAGGUUGUCUAUUACCAAGCUUACCAUCCGAUGCUAUAUUCGAUCAAGACACGGGAAUAAGCUUCACUUGUGAUCUCAAUGACAACAUUCCAGCGCCAUGGCCUUCUUCUUCUUCUUCUUCUCAAUCCUCAGCAUCUACUUGUAAAACAUCUGUUAGACUCCCAGCGCUUCCUGCUGCGGCCUCCUGGCAACCUAGUCUCUACAAUGAAGGAGUGACACGUUUGGUGAUUUUUAUGUUGUCUGUGGUUCUUGUGAUGCAACUAGGGCUGGGCAUUUUAUCCGUUAUAUUUGAUUCGAUCCGUUAUUCGUUUCGAUUCGAUCUGAAAAUUCCGGAUAUCCGUAAACUUUCGAAUCAAAGCAAAUACUAAAAUUCAAUAUCCGUUAAAAUCGAAGCAAAUCACAAAU